UGGCAGGACGGGCAUUUUUACUCUACAACUUUGAAGCAACUUGGAUUGCACAUCCAGUUCAGAGACCACACUGAGCAGCUCUGUCGCAAUCCCAAACCUGCCCAUGACAAUGAUUUUGUCAUCAUCGAUGUUCAUGGAAUACACGAGGUUGCACUCAACUUUUGUGAUUGUGCAAAUGCACCUUCCCACUACAGACAACUUCUCUGCAGACAGUUGUUUCCAGUGACUUCAACUGAC